UUAGGCGAGUUAGGGUAGCUCCUUGGGUGGUCCGAGGCCCGUCCAUUCUCCUGUCAGUCCUCGGCUGGAGGAUCUGGCAACACAAGCCAUCGUCACGCUCCACUUGCUGCGAAGGAACAGCGGCAUGUGUUCUGGCGUCAGUUAUCUGACAUCCCUGCAACAAGUCUUUGUUCAUAUGGAUGAACAUGCUCUCUUGCCCUCGCAGCUAGCGAAUGGAGUAGAACCAUUGUUCUGUUGGGCACAUGCAUUCGUGAUACACGGACAUAUUGGUGAGGCUGUCUCCUGCUCCCACCAUCUCGUACAGGGCCAGCGCCACUAUGAGUCUCUGGCAGUGUUCUUGAGGUAUUUAUCAUCCUUGCAGAAGAAUACCAUGAGCUCUAGUAUCGCAUCUCAAAUACCGAUGAACGCUGAUGACACGUUGGAGCCGGAAGCCAGCCCACAGCUAGUUCGAGUCCAGCGGUUCAAGCUUGGUCCAGUGACACUGCUUGUAUGCCCUUGGCACGCCUGUAUGCGCUUAUCUGACGAUCUUAUCCCGCGCUUUCCAUGCCGGCGGGUCGUCGGACUUCCCAGGGCUUGCCUCGUGGCGCGCCCGAAUGUGUUGCACGGCAGUCUUUCCCCGCAGAUCUCUCGACCCCGGUUCCAGUUCCCCCAUGCUCAGGCGUUAUCGAGCGAGGUCGUAAGAUAACAUCCUAUCAAGGUGAAGAGAGCAGGUGGACGCCGAGACCCCCACCCAAGGGCGCUCCCAGCAUUCCGUUGCCCGCUUCCGGGUGCCUGCUCCUUGCGGUCACGUCCCUUGAGAUUACAAGAUGCCUCCUAUGGUAAUUCGCCCUAAAACGGCUCGCCUUGGUCAAUGUACAUAUGGUCGAGAGGAAGCAAUGAUAUGAGAAUUGAGCCUCCGGUAC